AUGGCUGCCGCUGGUUCCAGCUUUGAUCUCAUACAUUCUACCUUGGAAGGGCUAAGGAGAAGUUUUGAUAGAUAUCACUGGACUGAUGAGUUUGGCAAUGAUGUUGACAGGUUCGAUGAUGUCAAUCAGGAUUGGAUGUUUUUGAGGACGCUUUGGGAGUCUGUUGACAUGCUGAGAAACGGUGAUGAUGAGGCAGAUAAGGUGUUUAAUUUGGGAUUCAAGAUUGAAGCUGCAGCCAAGGAGAUUGCUCAGGACGUUGUACUCAUAGACGAGAAGAAGAUGGAGAUGGUCAGGGUGGAUCUGCAAUUUCUCUAUGAUUACGAAACAAAAACCAAGAAUUUGAUGGCAGAAAUCGGAGAAGAUCUUGACCAGCAUUUGUCAGGAUUUUCGUUUCAACUGCGCCGCCCUUCUCCCCAUGUUUGGUUUUGGUCAAGGUUUGUAUCCUCUGUAGCAUCGCGUAUGGGCUCUAUCGAACCGACUUCUACGGAUUUCAAUGCGAGGAAACCGCUCGAUGCUUUGGCCAGUGAGAUGCGCUCGCUGCAGAAUUACUUGAAUGAUGUAUUAUGCAGUGACGUUGACUACCCAGUGGCAGCAGCAGCAGCAGCAGGUGGUGAUGACGUUAUUGACAUCAAUGCUUCCAUGAAUCGUGUUGCAUCUGAGAUUGUGCACCUUGCAAUUCACACUUGUGAUUACUGGUUUUCUUACAGGACAAACCCAGGCCCAAUCCAAGAGAAAAAAUGGAUUAAGCUAUCUAAAUUUGCGGUGGAUUUGCAGCAUGAGAUUGAUCCUACCAAUCCCAAGUUCAUGGAGUUCCAUCUCCAUUUCCUUAUAGCUCUCUAUAAAACUGGACAACAUCAGGUGAAAUUUUGCCGCAAAUUUUGCAACUAUGUUGCCACGAAAUCGGGGGCUGAACAAGUUCUCGACGAGGUGUCUUGGCUGGUGAAGUUUUUAGUCAGCAGUAAACUAGAGGAGGAGGAUCAAUUUCUUCCAAUUUUUUUUGCUGAAAUUCAUGCAGUGCUCGUAGUAAUGGCAUCUGUUUUCAAGAAACAACGGGAUGAAUGUCCUAAGACUCUGCAUUCUGAGUUAGUUAUGAUGAUUUGUCUCCUCCAGACAGAGCUUUUCCUUACGGAGAUUGCUCUGCCAAAGAUUAAGAACAGCACUUUUCAAAUUGAAGAUCAGCUCGAUCAAAUGAAAGAUCAGGUCUGUCAGAAGCUGGGAAAAGUGAGAAGAUAUUCCAAGAAUCUUCCAAGUGGGAAGGCUGAAUAUGGGAAUAAGAUUUUGGCUCUCAUUGAACAACUGUACUACAGUGUAGCAUCUCUCUGUCGGUCAUUCAAGGCCAAGAAGAUAAACAAAUCUACGGUAAAGAACUCAAUUCUCCUCCUGCUUCUUAACAUUGUCAUUUUGAAGGCAGAGUCAUUAAAUAAGAGUAGUAAUGCUGCAAAUUUCUUGGUUUAUCGGAAAGGUCAAAUAGCACUCCUUGAGCAGCUCAAUCUUUUCACGCUUCUCUCGAAUCACCUAAUGACAGUGGACAUGGACAUGUUCUUCUCACAAACUGAAAUAUUUACUACGGGGAUGAUGACAGAAGGCAACAAAAAUAUGAUCCUCUCAUCUCUUGAGCUGUUAGAUAAGGUGAAGCGUAUCAAGGCUAAGCUUAGAGAGGUUUGUCCCCAGGUUCCGUUGUCUGAUUUUCCCAAAACUUACAGGCCAGGUUUCAUUGAUUUUCUACUCAGAAACCUAGAGGACCUGCUGAAAUAUGAUCCUUCAUCAAUUGCACCAGUCAAGCAUCAUAUAAAAGAGGUUCAACUACAAUUCAAGUCUCUGAGUUCUAUUUUCAUGAAAGCUUCAGAGUCGGAUAUUAGUGAGAAUCCAGAACUAAAAGAUUUUCUUAAUUGUGCUGCCAAUAUAGCAUAUAAAAUUGAAUAUGUCAUUGAUUUGAUUGAAAUUGAUGCUCAGUGGCAGCAUUUCUUUUUGGUUUUUGAUCUACUAGAGGAGUUAAGAAUUGUUAAUAAGCGAGCCUCUGGAAUUCAUUUGACAACCUCUGAUGACGGAGACCGAGAUUACCAAAACCUUAGCCAGGUUCCACUCAACAAGAUGGCACAGGAUGGUAUCCCAUUAAUCAAGGAAACGGUGGUGGAUAUCAGUGAUGAAGAACAAGUUAUAACUGAUCAACUCACCAAAGGAUCCGCACGGUUGGGUAUUGUUUCUAUUGUGGGAAUGCCGGGUAUUGGCAAAACAACAAUGGCUUGGAAACUGUUUAACUGCCCAAAGGUUCUGUCUCACUUUCAUUGUCGGGCAUGGUGUACAGUUUCACAAGAAUAUGAGAAAAAAGAACUGUUGCUUGAGAUAUUAGGUGGCAUUCAUGGGCUUAAUGAGAAUAUUUGUCAAAUGAGUAAGGAAGAUCUCCAACUAAAAUUGCGUCAGUGCUUGUUGAGAAACAAGUUUCUCAUAGUUAUGGAUGACGUGUGGGAUGCUGGAGUUUGGAAUGAGUUAAAAAUUUCAUUCCCUGAUGAUGCGAAUGGAAGUAGAGUUUUGAUAACCAGCCGUCAUCAUGAUGUGGCCUUGCAAAUUGAACCAAAUGGUGAUCCUCAUUCUCUACGCUUAUUUUCUGAUGAUGAAAGCUGGAACUUAAUAGUAGGGAGAGUAUUCCAAGGUGAAUCUUGUCCGGAAGAAUUGUUGCUAGUCGGAAAGGAAAUUGCCCAAAAGUGUAAAGGAUUACCUCUAGCUGUAGUUGCAAUAUCUGGUCUCCUCCGAAGGAUAGAAAACAGCAGAGAAUCGUGGGAGAAAAUUGCAAAAAGCUUGAUUGCAAAAGUAAUGGAAGAUCCAAAAGCUCGGUGCAUGGAAAUCUUAGAAUUGAGUUACAAAUACUUACCCGGAUAUCUAAAACCGUGCUUUAUUUAUUUGGGAGUUUUCCUUGAAGACAAGGAUAUUCCUGUUAGCAAGUUGACACGGUUUUGGCUUGCUGAAGGUUGCAUUCAUGACUCUGAGUUGAAGAGCUUAGAAGGUAUUGCCGAAGGUUACUUGAUGGAGUUGAUUAGCAGAAGCCUGGUGGAAGUCUCCAAAAGAAGAUCCAACGGAAUGGUCAAAUCAUGUCGCUUGCAUGAUCUGUUACGUGAUUUUUGUCAGUUAAAAGCCAGAGCAGAGAACUUCUUCCAGCUAGUAACCAGGUUUGAUGAGCCAUAUGUUUCUUUUCCUAGUUCAGAUUUUGGUUUUGAAUUUGAUUUUGGCCAUCAUUCUGAUCCUGUAACAUAUGAGGCCUACCGAUUGUGCAUUUUCUUGAAGCGAGUUCAUUUUGUUGUAUCAAGACCUUUUGGCCUGGGCACUCGUUCUUUGAUAUUCUUCCCCUCAGCUGAUUCAGAGCCCAGAUGUCCAUAUGACAUCUCAUUCAUUUGUAGCAACUUCAAACUUCUGCGGGUGUUAGAUUUUGAAUGCAUCAACCUGGGUAUCACCUUCCCUGCUGACAUUUCGUUACUGGUCCAUUUGAGGUACUUGGCAGUUACUGGAUAUAUGCAAACUAUUCCACAAUCCAUUGCCAAUCUCCAAAAACUAGAAACUUUUGUCGUGAAGGGAUUACGUGGUCUGGUUGUUUUACCAGAUACUAUUUGGCAAAUGGCAAGGUUGAGGCAUCUUCAUGUGAAUAUGCAUGUUGCUUUCAAAUUGGAUGAUGAAGGGCUUGAAGGCUGCUCUCAGUUGGGAAAUUUGGUCAGCUUUUCCCGUCUCUCUCUCUCUUGUGGUGAAGAUGUAGAAUCAAUAAUAAAGAGGUUGCCAAAUCUGCAGAAACUGAGAUGCAUAUUCUUUCAUCCACAGGGUUCUUCGAAGAAUUCCUAUCAGUUUCCAAGAUUAGAUUUUCUAACUCAUUUGGUAUCACUCAAUGUAUUUUACUACGGAAGCGCUAUUACCAGGGAAUUCAUUCUCCCGUCCAAUCUGAGGAAAUUGACUCUAUCAAACUUUCGUCUACCAUGGAGUCAUAUCUCAACAAUUGGGAGACUACCCAACCUGGAAGUUCUCAAAUUGCUUCUUGGUGCCUUUGAGGGGCUGACAUGGGACAUGGAGGAAGAACAGUUCAAGGAACUCAAAUUCUUGAUGUUAGACAAUCUGAACGUUUCUCAAUGGAAUGCGACUUGUGAUCACCUUCCCAAACUUCAACGGCUUGUCUUGCAAAAUUGCAAAGACCUCGAGGAAAUCCCGUAUGAUUUUGCAGACAUAGGUACCCUGGAAGUGAUUGAAGUGCACUGGUGCGGACAAUCAGCAGAAGAGUCUGCAAAAUGGAUUGCGGAAGCAACUGGGGACAUCAAAGUGCUUAUUAGUAGUUCAUAUUUGAGAUGAUAGUAUGAUUGUGGAUUAUGUUGUAUUA